ACUAAAUGGGUGCUGCUGGUUGUGCCGUCUGGUGUUUAUAUUGUACCUGAACUAUCCUCGGAGACGAGCGCGCUGUCACCAUGUCCAAACCUCUGUCAGAUCACGACAGAAAGAAGCAGAUUUCCGUGAAGGGACUCGCCGGUGUGGAGAAUGUCGUGGACUUGAAGUCAAACUUUAAUCGGCAUCUGCAUUUCACGCUGGUAAAGGACAGGAAUGUAUCCACCAAACGGGACUAUUACUUUGCUCUCGCAAACACAGUAAGAGAUCACUUGGUAGGCAGAUGGAUCAGAACUCAACAGAGCUAUUACGAGAAAGACCCCAAACGUGUUUACUACCUCUCCCUGGAGUUCUACAUGGGCCGUACCCUGCAGAACACAAUGGUGAAUCUGGCCCUGGAGAAUGCCUGCGAUGAGGCCAUGUAUCAGCUGGGUCUAGAUAUGGAGGAGCUGGAGGAGAUGGAAGAAGAUGCUGGACUGGGAAAUGGAGGCCUCGGUCGUCUAGCUGCUUGCUUCCUGGACUCGAUGGCUUCUCUUGGCCUGGCCGCCUACGGUUACGGCAUUCGUUAUGAGUUCGGUAUCUUUAACCAGAAAAUCGACAAUGGCUGGCAGGUUGAAGAAGCAGAUGAUUGGCUGCGUUAUGGUAACCCAUGGGAGAAAGCCCGCCCAGAAUACAUGCGCCCUGUGAACUUCUAUGGCAGGUUAGAACAUCAUCCAGAUGGAGUUAAAUGGGUGGAUACUCAGGUGGUUUUGGCGUUGCCAUAUGACACACCUAUACCCGGCUAUAGAAACAACAUUGUCAACACCAUGAGGCUGUGGUCUGCUAAAGCCCCUUGCGAGUUUAACCUGAAAGAUUUUAAUAUUGGUGGAUACAUUCAGGCUGUGCUGGACAGGAACCUUGCUGAGAACAUCUCCCGUGUGCUCUAUCCUAAUGACAAUUUCUUUGAGGGUAAGGAGCUCAGAUUGAAGCAGGAAUACUUUGUAGUGGCUGCGACUCUCCAAGACAUCAUCCGCCGCUUUAAGGCGUCCCAGUUUGGCUCAAGGGAAAUCGUGCGCACUGAUUUCACCACCCUGCCAAACAAGGUGGCAAUUCAACUAAAUGACACUCACCCCGCCCUGGCUAUUCCCGAGCUGAUGAGAGUGCUGGUUGAUUUGGAGAAGCUCCCCUGGGAGAAGGCAUGGGACAUCUGUGUGAAGACAUGUGCCUACACUAACCACACUGUGCUGCCUGAGGCUCUGGAACGCUGGCCUAUUGACCUGUUCCAGUCCCUGCUGCCACGCCACCUCGAGAUCAUUUAUGAAAUCAACCGCCGCCACCUGGAGCGCGUGUCCUCUCUUUACCCUGGCGACAUGGACCGUCUGCGCCGCAUGUCAUUGAUUGAGGAGUGCGGGCAGAAGAGAGUCAACAUGGCGCAUCUGUGCAUUGUUGGCUCUCACGCAGUGAACGGUGUGGCACGUAUUCACUCCGACAUCAUCAAAGCUACCGUAUUUAAAGACUUCUAUGAGAUGGACCCAGACAAGUUUCAGAACAAAACCAAUGGUAUCACUCCUCGCCGCUGGCUGGUAAUGUGCAACCCUGGUCUGGCCGAUGUCAUUGUGGAGAAAAUCGGAGAGGACUUCAUUCGGGAUCUGGAUCAGCUGCAAACACUUCGGAAAUUUGUUAACGAUGAGGCUUUUAUUCGAGAUAUUGCCAAAGUGAAACAGGAGAACAAGAUGAAGUUCGCCGUGCAUCUGGAAGAGCACUACAAAGUCAAGAUCAACCCCAACUCCAUGUUUGACGUUCAGGUCAAGAGAAUUCACGAGUAUAAGAGACAACUGCUCAACUGUCUGCACAUCAUCACAUUCUACAACCGUAUUAAGAAGGAGCCCAACAAGCAGUGGACCCCAAGAACGAUUAUGAUUGGAGGAAAGGCUGCUCCAGGCUACCACACAGCUAAAAUGAUCAUUCGUCUCAUCACAGCUAUUGGUGAGGUGGUCAACAAUGACCCAGUGGUGGGCGACCGCCUCAAAGUCAUUUUCCUGGAGAACUACAGAGUCACCCUUGCUGAGAAAGUUAUCCCUGCGGCUGACCUGUCCGAGCAGAUCUCCACAGCCGGCACGGAAGCUUCUGGAACAGGCAACAUGAAGUUCAUGCUGAAUGGAGCUCUGACCAUCGGCACCAUGGAUGGAGCCAAUGUAGAGAUGGCAGAGGAAGCAGGAGAAGAGAAUUUCUUCAUCUUCGGCAUGCGAGUGGAUGAUGUCGAAGCCAUGGAUGUUAAAGGAUACAAUGCAUCUGAGUACUACAACCGUAUUCCAGAGCUGAAACAUGCCAUUGACCAGAUCGCAGGCGGCUUCUUCAGCCCCAAACAGACAGACCUUUUCAAAGACAUCGUCAACAUGUUGAUGCACAAUGAUAGGUUCAAGGUGUUUGCUGACUAUGAGGACUACAUCAAAUGCCAGGAGAAAGUCAGUGCUCUGUAUAACAAACCUAAGGAAUGGACCAAGAAGGUGAUCCACAACAUCGCAGGUUCUGGCAAGUUCUCCAGCGAUCGUACCAUCUCCGAGUAUGCGCGUGAGAUCUGGGGUGUGGAGCCCAGUCUGGAGAAGCUUGCCGCACCUGAUGAUCUGAAAUAAAUCUCCACCAUUCUAUCUCCUAUCUACAUCUUCAUGAACGCAGCUAUGCCUGUCUUGCUCAAACUUCCAUUUACGUUGCGCACACCAAUGUGUGCUAUUAUGUCUUAUAGCACACUGGUCAAUCUUCAAUCUGUUAUGUCCUGCAUCAUUUCCUUAGUAAACAAUCAAUAGGUUCAACAAACUCCAUCAAUGUUCAACUGGUAACAUCUACAUCAGCAAAAGCACCUUUCAGUGGCGGCUGUGAUGACUUGGGAUGUUAAUAACUUCCAAUGUAUGAGAGCAAGUUAAAGUUAACUGUGGGCUUUGACAUGCAAUAUAUUGAUUUCCCCUGUUGUGAAAUGUUUAAAUACUGCAUAUUUGGAAAAAGGAAACAAUUAAAAUCAAUCUACAACA